CAUAACAAUGAGAUCAAACUGAGUUAUCAAAAGUUAAAGUCAAGUUAAAAGACAUCACAAACUUAAUGAUAUAUUCCAUAUAGAAUAAUCACAUUUGAUUUCAAUACACUAAUAACGUCGAAGAGGGUGAAGGAAGGACUUGAAACAACAAUAAUUGACUAUGUCCUCCUCAUCACAAGAUUUUUACGCAGUGUUGGAGCUAUCACGAACGGCAACCACUGAAGAAAUAAAGAAAUCAUUCAAAAGGCUUUCAUUGAAAUAUCAUCCUGAUAAAACACAUGUGAAGGAACAUCAUGAUAAAUUCCUUCAAAUAAGUAGUGCUUAUGAAACAUUGAAGAAUGAUGAUACAAAAAGAGCUUAUGAUAUACAAUUAGGUGCUAUACCUCAAUUUACACCAUCCCAUACUACUUAUUCUUCAAGGUACCAAUCAUAUCGUUCUCCCUUUGGAUCAGGCUAUUCUGAUUUGCAUGGAUUUUUCAAUCGAAAGGAAGAUACUCAAAGAAAAGCUGAUGAUGAAAGAGCUAAAUAUGAAGCUCAAAGAUUAAGAGAAGAAAUCCUUGCCAGACAAAGAAAGGAAGAAGAAGAUAGAAAAAGACGACAUCUAGAAGAAAAGAUCAUAAAAGAAAGAGAAGAAGCUGAAAGAGCUCAAAAAGAAGCAAGUGCUGCCAAAGUUCAAUCUGUAAAGGACAAACUAGAUGCCAUGUCAAAAAAUCCCAAAAAGCAAGAGUCAGUGAUGGCUGAUUUAUUAAAGAAGAAAGAAGAGGAUGAGAGGGAAAAAAUUUUAAAGGAAAGAAUGGAUGAAAAUUUAAGAUAUAAAGAAGGUAAAGCAUCAGCUGAGAAAAAGGCAAGACAACAACGACCUACUGAUUUCAUAAGUCAAGAUGAAUUUGAUGAACUCUUGAAAGGUGCUCGGUUGGAUAAGAAUGAACCCGUGAAGAAUAAUAUAAGAGUACCAUCACAGGUACCUACAAAUGGAACAACAAAGAAACCAUCCAAAAAGGGAGAUUCUGCAAAUGAUCAAGAUGAUGAUUAUUUCGUAGAAUAUCUUCCGGGUCAAACUCCUCCUGCCACUCCGGUUUCUUCUUCACAAAUGCAUGGAGAAGAUUCAGCUGAUCCAAUUGUAUUAGAUGAUGAUGAAUCUAAUGAACAUAGUCGUGCUAAAAAAGCUGCAGCUGCGGCAGCAGCUUCUGCUGCUGAUAUAGUGGUUGAUGUGGAUGAAGAAAUACCCGAUUUACCAUAUCAACCAGGAGGAAAACUUUCAGAUGAUGUAUUUACAAAUGGUUCUGGUCCUAUUCCUAUUCCAAGAACUGAGCCAAGAAUGUAUAAAAGGGCUACAUCUCCUAAGAGAACUACCUACCCUAAUCAAAGUUAUGUUCGUAGUACAAGUAUUCCUACCUCAUUUGAAGCUGGUAAUGCUUCUGUUAAGAGAGGAAAUACAGCAUUCUCAUACGUUUCAAUAAAUGAAGUGUUACGAGAAAAUAAUAUAGAACAAACAGAUUAUGCUGAUAUGCUUAAUAGCUUACCUCAUUUGAAUGGGAGAAGAAAACCCAGUGGAGAAGUAUCUUCAUCUCAAUCCAAAAAAGCUAAGGUUGCUGAAUUUUAUGAUGGAUCAUCUCAAGCAGAAACUCUUUCAACCCCCAUUAAUAAAAAUACAGUUAGAGGUUAUAAUCCUGGAACCCCUGCUAAACCAAAAUCACUUACAGUAUUUGAUUUACAUGCUUCACCAUCUAUUCUUGAAUGCGAACCUCCCGCCACUCCAAAUGCAAGUAUAGAUCCAUACAUCACUCGAAAUGGCUGGGAAAGAUACGUAACGCAAAUGAAUAAUUAUCAUCGAGAAUUCUUAUCAUAUAAAAAGCUUAUUGUUCAAUAUCAAUUGGAGAGAGCUUCUAAAGAUGAAGAAUUAUUUGAUGAGGUCAAUAAACAAAUAAAUCAUGAAGUAUAUCAACAAUGUUUGCGAAGAGAUUUACAAGUCAAUCAAGAAUAUACUGAGCAAUUACGAAUCUUUACGAAUGUCAUGAGUAUUUAUAAACAGAAUUGUGGAUGGAUAAAUAUGAAGAAAACUGAAAGUAACUGGUAGUUACUCUAACUCCUCCCCUGUAUUAUAUAGAGAAAUCUUCUGAUUAUAUAGAGUCUAUAUUUUACUUUAAUAAAAAGAGAAACCAAAAAAC